UAAAAAGUGGUUUAAAAACAAAGCCUCUCUUAACGCUCACAUGUUACACUCACUCUCCUUUUCUAGAUUCGAAUUCGAUUCCAUUCCAUUUCAUUCCAUCUCGCUUUUAGGUUAAACCUCCCGAGUCUCUAACCGCUUCCGCCAUUUCAAUCUCAGUUUUGCAGAAUGUAUAUCGGGCCUCAUGGUGUUACAGCUCUGCAUAGACAUAAAUAUAGUGGCGUAGAUCAUUCCUAUGUGGCCAAAUAUGUACUACAGCCCUUUUGGUGUUGGUUUGUUAAUUUGUUUCCCCUAUGGAUGCCACCAAACUUGAUAACUCUGACGGGAUUUAUGUUCUUACUAAUAUCUGUGUUGCUUGGCUAUGUAUACUCACCUCAAUUGGACUCGGCUCCUCCAAGAUGGGUUCAUGUUGCACACGGACUACUUCUGUUUUUGUACCAGACAUUUGAUGCUGUUGAUGGGAAGCAAGCUAGACGGACCAAUUCUUCAAGCCCGUUGGGGGAGCUGUUUGAUCAUGGGUGUGAUGCACUUGCUUGUGCACUUGAAGCACUUGCUUUUGGGAGCACAGCCAUGUGUGGAAGAAGUACUUUCUGGUGGUGGUUAAUAUCUGCAAUUACAUUUUUUGGGGCAACAUGGGAGUACUACUUCAUCAAUACCCUUAUACUACCUGUUGUAAAUGGACCUACUGAGGGUCUUAUGCUAAUAUACCUUGCUCACUUUUUCACUGCUAUCGUGGGUGCUGAGUGGUGGGCUCAACAAUUCGGAAAGUCUUUGCCUUUUUUGAACUGGUUGCCUUUUAUUGCGGAUGUCCCAACAUACAGCGCUGCAUUGGGUUUGAUGGUAGUUUUUGGUGUUAUCCCAACUGUUAUAUUCAAUGUUCGUAAUGUUCAUAAGGUUGUGAAGGCUAAAAAUAGAAGUAUGCUCCUUGCAUUAGCAAUGCUUUACCCAUUUGUUGUCCUUGUCGGAGGAGUGCUUAUAUGGGAUUAUUUGUCACCUUCUGACAUCAUAGCUAGUUAUCCACAUUUAGUUGUUAUGGGAACAGGACUUGCUUUCGGAUAUCUCGUGGGAAGGAUGAUUUUGGCUCACUUCUGUGAAGAACCAAAGGGCUUAAAAACUGGAAUGUGCCUGUCCCUCGUGUAUCUCCCAUUCGCCAUUGCUAAUGCACUCGCAUCAAGGCUAAACGGCGGGGUUCCGUUGGUUAAUGAGAGACUAGUUGUUCUUGGUUACUGUGCUUUUACAGGAUCACUAUACAUGCAUUUCGCAACAUCUGUCAUUCGGGAAAUUACAGAUGCGCUAGGAAUAUAUUGCUUCAGGAUAACUAGGAAGGAAGCUUGAAAUUACAGGAGUUGUGUCCAUAUCUAAUGCUAUUGUAAACCAACAUUUUUAUUAAACAUGUGUGUUGUGUUUCAAGUAAUCUAGUUGCAUUAUUAAGAAUAUUGAGAAUAUAUGAAUAGGAAAUGUGUAUUUCUAUGCCACUAGGUUGUAAAAUUUUAUUCAAAAGUACCAAAGAUUCCUAAGAAAGAAAUAACUUUCAUAUUAGCAUGAUAUAUCAUCUCUGAUGUAUGGGAUCGAAAAAAAACAAUGUUUCCCAUGAAGUGGGUGAUCAAAUUUAGGUGCAAUAUUUUUUA